UAUGAACUCUUUGGAGUGCAGGUUGAGAGUAGAUAGGGCUUAUGGGAGUAGGUAGGCUGUUGAGGCUUGGCUCCGAUCUCACUUCAUGAUGGUGUAGAUCAGGAUUAACCCCAUUGAACUCACCUGGGUUUUACCCUGGUGGAACUCUAAUGAGGGUGAUUUGAAUCAGGCCCUUCAGUUUUUAUUCUAUACAAACUCUGUGCCUUAAGAAGCUCAGCUUUUCCAUCCCACAAAAAUAAACAGCUGAACUCUGGCUCCAGGAUUCCCAGAUGGACUGAGCCAGCCCUGUCUCACUGGAGCAGAGAGCACCCUGGCUGUCCCAGUGAGACCCAGUACCAGCGCUGGGCCUCCUUGACCCUUAGCACCGGCACAGAGGGACCCAGUUUGUCUCUUUCUUGAAAUUCUGCUGUUCAGCCCUACAUCUUUCCUUCCCGGGGUGUUUGCGGGAGCUGCAGAGGGAGUAGCAGUGCUGAGGGAAAGGCAGCGAAAAGAAAGAGAAAGAAAUGCUGCCUUUUUUCAGAGUCCUUAGCUGAAUUAGCAGGACAAACAUUGUGGGAAGUAAUCAGGCAAGGUGCAGCUCUCCUUCAGGAAUGUUUGCUGCUGAUCACACCGCAGUUGGAGUGCUAGAGAGUGAGUGAACGCUGGGCUCUCUUGACACAAAUGUGAAGUAGGGUUUUGCUGCAGCUAGAGGGCUGUGCUGAUGCACAUCCUCUGUCUGGCUAUGCUGAUGCACAUUCCCAGUGCUGUCUCCGGCUGUGCUGAGGAGCGGUCCCCAGUGCUAUACCUGGUGCUGUCACUGACUACCUAAGACUUGCAAGCAAAGCAGCUCAAGAAUCCGUCCUGAAAGGAAGAGGCUGGAAUCAUUCCAGGGGAAAGGCUGUUCCUAGCCAGCAUCAUGCCUGGAUCAGGUUUACUUCAGCUACCUUCUCUCCAACUUAGUGGGUGAGCCACUGUUCAUCACUCAGGGUUACCCUCCUGUUAGCUUCUCCAGGCCAUUUUUAGCAGAAUGGAAAGUUUGAGUGAGCUUCAGAACCCACUGCUGGCCAAGAGCAGCAAGCAUCUUCACGGUAGCUACUCCUACCAUCAGCAUCACCCUAGUCAUUGCUGCCAGGGGAAACUUUACAUCUUUCAAAACACUGGCAGUGCCAGGACUCACCAGCUGCUGGAUGCCAGUUCUCUGCAGCUGGCUGUUGAAGCAUUGUAUGGUCCCAACUUCAUCCUGGUGACGGAUGAGACCAGUCUCAAGGCCAAGGACAACAAAGGGGAGAGCUGCGAGACGACCUUCAUGGAAAACAAAGAGGCCCCCUCUGAGGCUGCAGAUGGGCGAGAAAAACAAGGGCCCUGCCAGAUGGAGGGUGACAUCAGAAUCCAAACAGUGUCCUAUGAGGUGGAGGAGGAGGAAUUCCAGGAGUAUGAGAGUGACUCCUCGAGUGACAGCGAGAGUGAGGAUCAUUUCCUGAUGCUCCCCCCACGAGACCACCUGGGCCUGGCCAUUUUUUCAAUGCUCUGCUGCUUCUGGCCCUUGGGAAUCGCUGCCUUCUACUUCUCCCAUAGGACCAGUAAGGCUGUCUCCAAGGGGGACUUCCACAUGGCAAGUUCGGCCUCCCGGCGGGCCCUCUUCCUUGCUGCGCUCUCCAUCACCAUCGGCACAGGGGUCUAUGUUGGUGUGAUUGUAGCACUGAUUGCUUAUCUAUCCAAGAGUGGCCAUGUAUAGCAGAGACCUUCACGCCAAAGCUCAGCACUCUGCACCCAAAGGCCAAUGCUAGGGGGAUUCACGCUUUUGUAUGGAGCAUAGGACACAACGCAACGCUUGCAAGGGCCGCUGAGCAGCUCCAUGAGUGGAGGGAUCCAGGCUUGGAUGCGCUGUACAGGGUCUUUCCCUUUUACAUGAACAAUAGACUCCAUUUUCCUUUACACCUUGGACAACUGGCUAACAAUGUCCUGCUAGUAAAGAACUCAGCACAGGCUGAAAGUCCUGGAUUCUGAGGCUGGGAGGAGCAUGUUUUGCUUAAGGAAGAAUGUGGAAGAGAUAUUUUUAGUUCAUCUGCAGGGCCCGGUGCAGCCACUUAUAGUUUUCAAAACAACAUGUUCAUGUUCUAGUCCUGCACUGUGAAUCCCACCACCUAGUGUAUCAGCCCUGGUCUGAUUUUGAGACACAUGGGGAAGAGAGGGCAGUGGCUCACAGGCUGAUUGAGAGAGAGAGUGGUCAAGGCUCCUGUUGUGGGGAAAACACUUCAGUUUUAGUGCUAUAGGCUGGCAACUGUCCCUUUAAUUGCCACAAACUAGGAGGACACAGUGCAGCCCUAAAUAAAGAGAGAGCUCUGGGACUCAGUCUGCAAAACCUCAGCUAACAGCUCUGACACCAGGCUUUAUUCACCCUAGUCUCAUUUACCAAUCCCUGGCUCAGCCCUUGGUGAUUCAGACCUAGCUCUGGACUCAUAAAUCCAUUCUAAACAAAACAACGAAAAGUCAUUUGGGUUGGUGAUUGUGUGUCAUCAUUUCAUGUGUAGAAGCUGGUUGGGAAAAACCUCACAAGUCUUGUGUAUUAUCGUCAUCACAGUAGCACCUAGUGGCCCAACUAUUGUGCUAGGUUCUGUAAAGACACAUGGUAAGAGCUCAGGCUCCGAAGAACGUACAGUCUCAGGAGCCAAAACAGACAAAGGCUGUGUGUGAAACGGAGGCACUGAGAGCUGACAUGAUUUACCUGAGGUCACUGAUGUCAGGGCCAUAGAACCCUAGGCUAGGUACCUCACCUUUAGCUUUAGCAGUGAGCAAUGAAACACUCCAGGUACUGCCAGUUAGGGCAACACCCAGAAGAAAAUAUCCUGUUCUGCCCCCAAUGCGUCUACUUCCAGGUAAAUAACAACCCCCUCAGCCGGAACUGGCCUGAUCCCAUUAAUGCUGGUCACAGACAAAUACGGAGGUCAACAAAAAAAACUCUUAACUCAGCUUUGUGUACAACGUCCAGCCAAAAAUACUGUUUGUUACUGGACAAAAGCCACAGAA